AUGUCGAUCGGCACUAUCAAGUCCUAUCCCGAGAACCCUCGCGUCGCUAAGGCCAAGAUUGCCGCUGCCUACAGCGGUGUCUCUGUUGAUGUCCAAGCCUUUGACCUCCAAAAGGACCGUGAUGAAGCUUUCUAUGCCAAGUUCCCCAUGGGCAAGAUCCCUGCUUUCGAAGGUUCUGAAGUCAACCUUUUCGAGGCUUCUGCCAUUGCCUACUAUGCCGCUCUUCAAAAGGAGAACAACCCCAUCUUGGGCGCCAACAACGUUGAGAAGGCUUUGAUCAUGCAAUGGAUCCUCUUUGCCGAGAACGAGAUCAACACCAACCUCGGUCAAUGGGUCUAUCCUCUCCUUGGUUACUACCCUUACAUGAAGCCCAAUGUCGAUGCUGGUAUCGAAAAGGUCAAGCGUGCCAUGGAUGCUUUGAACAAGGUUCUUUUGACCAAGACCUACCUUGUUGGUGAGGACAUCACCUUUGCCGAUAUCGCUGUUGUCACCUCCCUUGUCUUGGGUUACAAGCUCGUCUUUGACAAGACUUUCCGUUCCCAAUACAAGAACGUCAACCGUUACUUCAACACCUGCAUCAACAAGCCCCAAUUCAAGGAAGCUCUUGGUGAGAUCGCUCUUUGCGAGACUGCUUUGAAGUACACUCCUCCCAAGAAGGAGAAGAAGGAAAAGAAGGAGGAGCCCAAGAAGGCUGCUGCCGCUCCUGCUGAGGAAGCUCCUAAGCCUGCUCCCAAGCCCAAGUCUGCUUUGGAUCUUCUUCCCAAGAGCAGCUUCGUUCUUGAUGAAUGGAAGCGUAUGUACAGCAACAACGAUACCGAUGUUGCCAUGAAGUGGUUCUGGGAGAACUUUGAUAACGAGGGUUGGUCCAUCUGGCGCGUUGACUACCGUUACAACGACGAGUUGACUCUUGUCUUCAUGUCCAACAACUUGAUUGGUGGUUUCUUUGCUCGUCUUGAACGUGCCCGCAAGUAUGCUUUCGGUUCCAUGCUCGUCACCGGUACCAACAACAACAACGCCAUCUCUGGUUACUUCAUCAUCCGUGGCCAAGAGGUCCCCUACGAGAUCUACGAUGCUGCCGAUUACCCAUCCUACAAGUUCGAGAAGGUCGAGCCUGCCCAAUACGCUGAGAAGAAGGAUGAGAUCGAAAAGUACAUGGCCUGGGAAGUCGAGGGCUUUGCUGAUGGCAAGAUCUUCAAGUAA